AUGACCAAUUUGAGCUGGAUUGGCGCGCUGUGGUCGUUCCUGUGUAACAGCACAGGCCCAUUGUAUGCUUGCAUCAACUCUAAAAUUGACGAUCGGUAUACGAUACUUAUUGCCGGCAUCCUCAGUUCAUUAUCCAUGAUGCUUGCUAGCAUUACACAUGAGAUCUGGGGAUUGUACCUUUCGCAAGGGGCUCUGGCAGGCCUGACAGCAUCACUUAUAUACUAUCCUUGUAUCAAUCAAGUCUUGGUCACAUUCUCAAAUCGGCGAUCUAUGGCUCUUGGGAUGAGCAUGGCCGGCAUUGGUAUUGGCAGCCUCGUGUUUUCGAAUAUUGCCACCGCCUGCUUUUCAACCGUAGGAUACAGGUGGUCAUUAAGAAUCAUUGGGUUCAUUCAGCUGGUGCUGUGCACUAUUGCCGCAUUGUCAUGUGUCAAACUCAAAAGCUAUUUUUCCACACGUGGCGUUUCUUUUUGGAAUAUGGACGUGUUUCGGUCCAAGCGGUUUUGGAUCCUGCUUGGUGCUCAUUUUAUAGGUCCUUUUGCGUUUUAUAUUCCAAGUGCCUUCAUUGCGCCCUAUGCAGGAUCGAUUGGUAUGGAUGCAUGGAGCAUAGCCAAUAUCAGUGGACUCGUGGGUGUAUUCAAAUCGGUGGGAUCAGUCAUAUUUGGAUACCUUGCGGAUCGCUUUAUUGGACGUUUUAAUAUGGGUGUGGUAGCUGGCUCAUUGGGUGUCAUAUCAUUCCUAGCAAUAUGGCUGACAGCAACUACUCCCGCUGCUGUAUGGACAUUUGCAGCUCUCUAUGGCAUUGCAGAAGGAACGCUUACUGAUAUGAUGAUCACCGUGAUUGUCGAUUGCGUUGGUUUAGAAAGGUCCAAUGCUGGAACUGGAUGGGCGCUCUUUUUAUGGUGCUUUGGAGGGUUGCUAGGACAACCACUGGCAUCAGUCCUUGUCAACAACACUGAAACUCCCGAUUAUAAACCAGCCAUCAUUUUUGCGGCGAUGCUCUACGUAGUUACUACAUUGCUCAUGCUUUCCUUGCGCGUGCUCUUUGGUCGUUGGAAGGUUUUCAUAAAGGUCUAA